ACCUUCAUCCAACAGGGUUUAAUUGGAGAAAGGGGGGCAUGGAUCCCACACUUUCUACGGUCAUUUUACGGCGAAUUUUCUUUCACAAUUAUGAUAACCUUGUCAAACUAGCAAACCAAUCGUCGCCAUCCAUGAGCCAUCCCCGUAGGCCCGUCUGGCCCGUCGUGGCGGUGCCACCACCACAUUUCACCAGCAAGUUGCAGCAAAAACCCAAAACCAAAAUCAAUCUCAUUAAUAUUUAUUUUUAUACCAUGGGUAUUUUGGGCACACAAAAAAUGAAGAAUCUGAUAUAAUAAUUAAGCCAAUCUAACAAAAAUAGUGGCAGGGGUGGAAGAGUAAAUUCGCAGGCAAGGCAACGGCCACAGAAAUCCAAAACGCACCCAAAAGCAAAGCUGACCUACAUGGGCCGGCCUUUAACUAUAUUUAGCUGGACAGACAAAAACCAACUUAUUAUCACCAUCGUCGCUAUCUGCAGCUGUUCUUGCUCAUCUUCGAUUUCCAAUUACUACAUUUUAAAAAAAAAAAAUUAUUUUAUUUUUUUCUUAUGCUAUUUUUAUUAUUACUGUGACAGCCCAAGUGACGCUUAUUGUUGUUGAAAAAGUACUACUCAAGAUUCCACAGCUAAAAGAGAAGAAUUUUUUUUGAGGGGUUGAUGGUUUAUUUAUUUUUAUUUUUAUUUUUAUUUUUUAUUUUUUAUUUUUUUAUUUUUGAGAUUGACAGGCAGAUCCCACCGAAAUAAAUUAAUAAAUUCACCAUACAAACAUCCUCAUAAAACCCUCAGAAUUCACCAUCUUUUGUUGUUGUUGGUGUAUAUUUUUUUUUUCAGCUGUAAUUGGGCUAAAGGAGUCCUAUGCUGGGGGUCUCAGGCCUGUUGGGAAGCUCGGGCGAUGGCGCGGCUGCUGCCGUAGAGCAUGAAGGUGGUGGCGGAGGGGGUGGUGGGGGUGGGGGAGGUGGAUCAAAUUCAGGUGGUUACGGGGAGGAGGAUAGGGGGAGAGGAGAAGAGGGUGACCGGGGUUCCGCCGGUAACCGGUGGCCGAGACAGGAGACGUUGGCCUUGUUGAAGAUAAGGUCUGAUAUGGAUGUUACUUUUCGUGACUCAAGUCUCAAAGGCCCAUUAUGGGAAGAGGUUUCCAGGAAACUGGCGGAGCUUGGCUAUCAUCGAAGCGCCAAGAAAUGCAAGGAAAAAUUCGAGAACGUCUUCAAGUACCACAGGAGAACCAAAGAAGGCCGAGCCUCCAAGGCCGACGGCAAAACUUAUCGGUUUUUCGAUCAGUUGGAAGCUUUGGAAACUCAACCCUCACUUGCCUCCCUCCCCCACUCUAAACCUCCAGCUCCGGCAGUGCUUGCCGCCACAAUGCCGCUGGCUAACCUUCCAACCACUCUCCCUGAAAUCACUGUUCCAUCAACAUUACCCAACCCUACAAAUUCCACAGCAAACCCUACAAUUCCCACCAUCCCUUCCCCGACGCCACCCACGAGCCGGCAUCCUCCACACAACAAUGUUCCCACCGCCCAUCCAGCCAUGGCCGCCAAUUUCCUCUCCAAUUCCACCUCUUCCUCAACCUCCUCCGACGAAGAAUUGGAGAGACGGGGUAAGAGAAAGAGGAAGUGGAAGGCCUUCUUCCAGAGGCUAAUGAAGGAUGUGAUCGAGAGGCAAGAGGAGCUGCAGAAGAGAUUCUUGGAAGCCAUAGAGAAGCGAGAGCACGACCGAAUGGUCCGUGAAGAAGCUUGGAAAAUGCAGGAAAUGGCGAGAAUGAAUAGAGAGCACGAGCUUUUAGUCCAGGAGAGAUCAAUAGCCGCCGCCAAAGACGCAGCGGUCAUUGCAUUCCUGCAGAAAAUAUCCGAGCAGCAAAACCCGGUGCAACUGCAAGACAGUACCCCGCCACUGCCGCAGCCCCAGGCGGGACCGCCACAACCGCCGCCACCGCAGCCUCAGCUGCAGCUGGUGAAGGUUUUGGAACCGAGGAAGAUGGACAACGGAGGAGGAGCCGAGAAUUUAGUUCCAACAAGCUCAUCCCGAUGGCCGAAAGCCGAAGUCCAAGCCCUGAUUCGGCUCCGAACCAGCUUGGAUGUCAAGUAUCAGGAAAACGGACCCAAAGGGCCCUUAUGGGAGGAGAUCUCGGCGGGCAUGAGAAAGCUGGGAUACAACCGGAACGCCAAAAGAUGCAAAGAGAAAUGGGAGAACAUCAACAAGUACUUCAAGAAAGUGAAGGAAAGCAACAAGAAAAGACCAGAAGAUUCCAAGACGUGUCCAUAUUUCCACCAGCUUGAAGCGCUGUACAAAGAGAAGAACAAGAUGGAGAUAAACUCAUUCAAUCCCAGUUACCCCCUCUUGAAACCCGAAAACCCUAUGGUCCCCAUAAUGGUGCAGCCAGAGCAACAAUGGCCUCUACACCCCGAGAUGAACAGAUCGGAAUCGGGAAUGGAGGACAUGGAAAGCGAAAACAACAUGGAGCAGAACCAGGAGGACGACGAAGACGACGGAGAAGAAGAGCAAGAAGGAGAUGAGGACGACGAAGAUGAUGGAGGUGGCUAUGAGAUAGUAACAAACAAAACAUCUUCGAUGGGCACGGCUGAGUGAGACAAUACAGAGAAACCUUUUUUUUUUCUUUUUUUUUUCUUUAUUUCUUUCUCUUUUUUUUAACUUAUUUUUGUUGAUGAGAGAGUUUGGCACUUGACUGGGAGAGCUGUGGCAAAUGGCAAUGGAAGUGGGUCAGAUCGCAGAAGUUGUCGGAGAGAGGAUGAGUGGGUCAGAUUCCGGCUGGCAAGAUGGGGUUGCAGCAAAAACUUCAAAAAAAAAAAUUUAUACUUCAGGGAGGAGGAUGGAAAAAAAAACAAACACAUGGGUUGUAGCCUAUAGUGGGAUUAUAUGUUUUUUUUUAUAAUUUAUUUAUUAUUUUCUAAAUAAAUAAUCUGAGAGGGGGAGGGCUGAAGGGGGUGGUUCCACAGAAUAAAAUAUAGAGAUCAGUGUUGUAUUUUUCUGCAUUUGAUGGGGUGUAAAUGUGAGCAAUGGUUCAGUUCUGGGUCAAUGAUAACAAUUAAGAAACUAGUUUCAGUACUUUUUCAUCAA